AUCUUUGGCACAUAUUAAGCCUAUUCAAAUUAAUGGAAUUCAGCUAUUCAGACCCUUUGUCAGUGAGUGAGACUACAGUCAAGGCCGAAGAGCCAUUUUCAACCAUUCCACCCUCUCCCUUUGCAUAUACGCCUACAUUCCACUUUCCACCCACAUAUAACCACGAACAAAUCGCAACCAUCAAGGAUGAAUACCUGCGGAUCCAUCAGAGUAUGUUGAGAAAGGAAUGUCUCCCGCAAUCCAGAUUGACGGUAAAACAGAAGCGAACUAUAGAGAAGCAAGAGACCGUGCACUUUUUCAACACCUUAAGGCCCAUCUUUAAGGUGCCAAAGCACAAGAAGAAGCCUGUUGUCAGACCCAGUGACGCGAUAUUUUCGUCCAUAUUGAUGGGGCAUGGCUCGGCAGACUACAAAACCAACUUUUUUGCCAAAUAUGCGGGCACAAAUUACAUCGAGGCACAAGCAGAGGCCAUCAAGACGAGGGAAGAAGCCUCCGUCUUGGAGGACUAUGACUCAGAUAGACUACAGGAUAUGCUCAUGUCACAGGAUGCUAUCGAUGACCUCGAUCUUAAGCAAGUUGAUGAAGAUGUGAUUAUUAGCUAUCUAAGUACCCAUGCCGAUGACCUAGACUUUGCAGAGCUAAAUGGGUUUGUGAGGAAAGAUAUCGCGGCGGAGAUAAGAAAGUUUCUAUUAGACGAGGUGGUAGAGGUGCGGGACGAGUCCGGCGUUGAACCUGGAGUAAUAUCAAAUGUUCCAUUGUACUAUAAAAUAUGAAGAAAUGCAUUAUAUGGUGCAAUGCUGCCACUUUGAUGAAUAGAAACUAUCCUGCCUAUGGCUGAAAACGAACAUCCUCCAGUAGUUUAAGCUUAAUAAAGAUU